UUUUUUAUUAUAAUUAUAUAUUAAAUAUUUGGAAUUAGUUUAAUAGAAUAUUUAGUACAAUCUAUAUUGUUACGACGCUUUCAUAAUAAGUUACGUAUAUUAAUGGCUAUUGCGCUCCCAUUUAAAUAAAUAGAAAACAUAUUUAGAAAAUGCAUCCUAUUGAAAAUAAAAUAGACUUGUUUACAACCAAGUAUACUAAAUACAAUAAUUUACUUCAAGUAUAAUAGUUUUUUAUAUACAUAUAUUUUUCAGUUUUAUUUAUUGAUUCCUGAGGUUGUUUUUACUUUUCAAUAUAUCGAUGGUUUAAAGUACAAAUAUUGUAUGUCCGCUUUUUGUCCAUUUCGGGGUAAAGGUAUAGUUUGAACCCAGUAGGGCGGAUCUAUAAUCUGUACAAAUAUUGUAUGUCCAGAAUGACGAGUAAGGUGGGGAUCAACACUUCACUCAUAUUGUAAAACCACAGACUAAUAAGUUCUGUCUAAGCACAAAAAUAGUAAGUCCGGACAUACAAUAUUUGUGUUUUUUUAGAACAAUUAACAAGAGCUCAAAUAUUGUAUAUCCGGACAUAACAUAAAUGUGCGCUGUAGUAUUAUUGACAACAUUAUUGCAACUUUUAGCAUAAGUUUCCAAAUUAUUGACCUUGCUUUGAAAAAACGUGGUCCAGGUGGAGCUUAUAUUGGUACUGAUGGACGAAAAGGAAAAAUUCCUGCCAAUAUUACAUCCGAAAAAGCAACAAAUCAUGUUAAAAAACAUAUAGACAGCUUUCCUCGUAUGGAAAGUCACUACAGUCGGCGCGAUACGAAAAAAUUGUAUUUGGCAGCUCAUUUGAAUUUAUCUGUUAUGUAUCGUUUGUAUGUUGAAAUUUAUUGUACAAGUGAAUCAAUCCCUCCUGUUUCUAUUAAUGUUUACCGAAAAAUAUUUAAUAGUUAUGAUCCACAACUGUCGUUCCAUGUCCCUAAAAAGGACCAAUGUUCCACAUGGAAUGUGUAUUAUAGCACUACAGACAAAACCAAUUUGGAAGAAAGCUGGCAACUUCACAAAAAGAAGGAGAAAGAAGCAAUGGAGAUGAAAGAUGCAGAUAAAAAAAGAUCAUUAGAAGACUCAAUCUACCGAGCAAUUUCUUUUGAUUUAGAAGCUAUUUUGUUAGUCCCCUUUUCCGCUGAUUCUCAAAUCUAUUACAAGCGUAAGCUCUCUGUUUUUAAUUUCACCAUAUUUGAUUCUUUUGAUCACAGUGGUCACUGUUUCCUUUGGGAUGAAACUCAUGGCUCUAAAGGAGCUUCAGAAAUUGGUACGUCCCUACUAAAGUAUUUGUACAACUUACCUCAGACUGUGUCACAUGUUUCUAGUUUUUCUGAUAUUUCCGGAGGGCAAAAUCGGAAUCAAUUUGUUACUGCAGCGAUGUUGUUUGCUGUCAAUAAAGUUGAACACUUACAAAUUGUAGAUCUAAAGUUCAUGGAAUCCGGCCAUUCCUAUCUAGAGGCAGAUUCAAUACACGCCACUUAUGAACGAGCACGUAAACAUCGAAAAAUUUUCACAACCGAAGAAUGGGGGUUGUUAAUAGAAAUGAUUUUUAUGACUUACAGGAACUGGCGUCACUUGUAAUGCAAAAUACCAAAGUAAAUACUUCUAAGGAACAAAUAAAAUGGCUUCACAUUAAAUGGCUAAGAUUUGAUAAAUCUAAA